CGACGUGAAUGCAACAAGAAUAUCCCAGUUUUUCCACAAUGCUGGGACAUCUCGUCCCGCAGACUUUCCUCGUUCUCUGGCUGGCACAGAACACUCUGCAAGGCGGUACUAUAGCUCAAGGUGGUGGGGGCGUGGGAAAAAAGCUGAUGCCAUCAAGGGGUGGAUAUGGGGGUGCUGGAGGAAAGCACGUGAAACACAGAUAUAUAGCCUGGCCAGUCUAUGGAGCUGCCCUCGGAAUGGGGAUUGGCAGGGGACUAGGUCCACAUGCAGCAAAACCAAGAGGAGGACAUGGUGGCAAUGGUUAUGGCUAUGGAGGACACUCUUUAGGAGGUUACAGACCAGGAGCAAGCACCUAUCUAAGAUCUGGACAUGGUUUAGGUGCAGGUGCUGGAACCGGAUAUCCAAAUGUGGGAGGUGUUAAGGCAGCCAAGCCAGGAUAUGCCGCUGGAACUGGAUAUCCCAAUGGAGGAGGGGCUAAAGCACCUAAGUCAGGUAAUGGUGCUGGAGCUGCUGUGUACACUGGACAGGGGAUUAAACCCAAUGGUAAUGGUGCAGGAGCUGGUACGCCCAAUGGACAGGGAACUAGAGCCAAUGGAUAUAAUGCUGGAGCUGGAUAUCCCAAUGGAGGAGGGGCUAAAUCAACCAAACCAGGUUAUGGGACUGGAACUGGGGCCUCAAAUGGCAAGGGGACUGCAGGGGCUGGAGCGAGUGUUCCCAGUGGUGGAAGGACUAAACCAGUACCUGCAGGCUAUAGACCAGGAGCAUUGGUGCCUAAUGGAGCUGGAAUGCCCACUGGAAAGAAAAAUAAACUCCUACCUGUGGUGGCCCAAGGACAGGACACUAAAGAUGUGGUUCCCGAUGCCCAGGGGGGUAAAAGUCCUGGACCCGCGGUUCCCGAUGCACAGGGUGGUAAAAGUUCUGGACCUGUGAAUCCCAAUGCCCAGGGGGGUAAAAGUUCUGGACCUGUGGUUCCUGAUGCACAGGGUGGUAAAAGUUCUGGACCUGUGGUUCCUGAUGCACAUGGUGGUAAAAGUUCUGGACCUGUGGUUCCCGAUGCACAGGGGGGUAAAAGUCCUCGACCUGUGGUUCUCGAUGCACAUGGUGGUAAAAGUUCUGGACCUGUGGUUCCCGAUGCACAGGGUGGUAAAAGUUCUGGACCUGUGGUUCCCGAUGCACAGGGGGGUAAAAGUCCUGGACCUGUGGUUCCCGAAGCACAGAGUGGUAAAAGUCCUGGACCCACAGUUCCCGAAGCACAGAGUGGUAAAAGUUCUGGACCUGUGGUUCCCGAUGCACAGGGUGGUGAAAACCUUGGCCCAACAGGUUCUGCAGGAAAGAACUCAAAAAUCAGUGGAGCAACAUCUAGAACUGCGGCUCCUGCAGGAAAGACCUCUAAAGUAAUGGGAGCUCUGAUACCUGAAGGACAGGUUGCUGAAGUCUCAAAUCUGGUCUGUUAA